AUGAAACUUCCCACUCAAGAAUUUUCUGGUCGAAAUAUAGAUGGUGACGGUGUUCCUUUACUUUUCAACGCAUUGAACAAGCAGGUCAAAUCACAUGGCAGAACGUUUGUCGUUGGUGAACAUGGGUUCUGCAUCAACGCUGACAUAAGUUCCGUAGAUAACAACGAGACCUGUGUCGCGAAUGCGUGCAAGACGUUCACUUUCGAACUUCUCAACAAGCCUGUUGCGCCUUACCCAGUACUUGCUUCGCCUUCGCCUCACUUUGGUACUAAUAGUACCCAUAUUGGAAGGGUGAUGGUAUCAAUGCGCGAGGUUCUAGGCGUACAAAGCUCUUUGGUCCAAUUUUUGUUCUCAGUCUCAGUCUUUCUUUGUAUGAUUCUUUAG